AUGGAAAUGGCUUCAUGCUAUAAAGCAAUUGGACUUAGGACCGAAGCCGAAGACUGCUACAUGAUUGUUGUCGACAGUGACAAAGGAAGCCCAGAAGCACGGCGAAGACUAUUAGAGAUGUGCUCAGAAUCAGACGUGUCUCCAAAAGGAGCACCAACUACCGAUGAGGUAGUCUCGGUAAAACAGCACAAAGCAAGAAAACGUGUAGGAGGAAAGGAAGCAAAGCAGCCAAAAAAAAGUAAGGCUCUACCUUCUUGGGCAACGACUAUGCUUGCCCCCCGUCUGGUGCCUCAGUCAGCCAAGCAGAUUUCUCUCGAAAGGGAGGAAGCCCAAGAGGAAGAUGUUAAUGCUCUUUUCCUCCGGAGAGAGGCUCUCACAGAGCAAGCUAGAAAUGGCGAUGAAAGCUCGAAGACCGAAUGGAUGGCAAUUACGAAGACAUUGAUUCAAGGAUUCAAAGACAACAAGGUUUUCUACCCGCUUGACAAGCACCAUAAAUUUUAUGGAUAUUCCAGAGAAGCUCGGUCGAUGGCGGCAAGACCAAAACACGAGUUGGAUGCUCUCGCAGAACAAUCAAAGUCACACUUAGAAACAGCACAAGGCGAUCAGAUCGUCAUUCCCGCCGAUUACUGCGGAAUACCGUUCGAUUGCUGGCUAGAAAUCUUCCUCGCGUAUGCCUUGACGCUUGCACACGGGGGAAACAUCCUGUCUUCAUACGAGAUCAUCGCUGCCGCUUUCCAUGCUAAUGUAUUUUACCACUCGCCAGAGUCGCUUUUCCUCAUCCAUGUCUGUUGGUUUACAUGUGCCUUACUUGGAAACGACGACGAAACACUCUGUAAUAUUGCUCGCUGGUUCAUGAAGGAGUAUCAAUUCGUCACUGAUGGCUACCGCCUGUUUUCGGCACUCAACAGACUUUCUGAUACUGAGAAUUCUUGGUACAACUGUGGUCCCUCGCAGAAAUAUAUACUUCGACAGCUCAAGGCCGUGGACUUCUCCCUGUUAGGCGACAGUCGCCGCAAAAGCUUGUUCCAAGAGAGAGCUUCUUACACCACUAAAGACGACAACGGCAAUCAAAUACGAGCUCAAGAGAUGGAUGUUGUGUUGCUCAUGCUCUACGGUCAUAUACUUUACGCUGGUAAAAGCUAUGCUUACGCAGUUAGUACGUCUGAACGUCCCAUCCAAGGCUUGGCGGCCGAUUAUCGCAAUGGCUUACUCCUGAUACUCAACGCAGACUAUUUCUUGCGCGCUCUCGCUCUUGACCCAACAAACGUUAUGAUCAAAUUUUCCCUAGCCCUGGGAUACCUACACUAUGCGCUCAAGCGACAAGCCGACAACCGGCACCAUAUAUUGAUGCAAGGCCUGGCUUUUCUAUUAGAGUACUACGAUUGCCGACAACGGUCUAGUAGAUCCUCAGAGAAGCAGGAAGCGGAGUACAAUGUGGCUCAUGCUUAUCACCUAUUGGGCUUGACCCAUCUCGCGAUUCCAUACUAUGAACGAUGCCUAGCCAUGAGCGCGGCUGCGCAAGUUGAGGAGUCAGGUUGCCGAGCAGAAGAUAUUGCACAAGAGGCAGCCUUUGCUUUGCAAAAUCUUUGGGCAGCAAGCGGCAAUAUGGAGAAGGCUUGGGAGAUCACGGAGAAGUGGCUAGUGGUCAGAUAA